AUGGAAAGACAAGUCUUUGCGGAUGAAAUCACAGAACCUAAAAUAGCAUAUAAAGGUGUACCGCAAGGAGGAGUCUUAAGUCCGCUCCUCUAUAUAAUUUUUGUAGCUAAUAUAAUAAAAAACAUAUCAAGUAGAGUUUCAAUAUCACAAUUCGCAGAUGACAUAGCGCUUUACUCUAACAAUUUAAAAUCUCUUCAGAAAGCAGUUGAUCAAAUAAAAACAAAUCUCACAAUUAUAGAUCUACUUCUUGCUCCAGAAAAAACUAUUUUCAUUCACUUUAAUAAUAAAAAUAUUAAGCCCGGAGAAACAGUUAUUAAGGUGGAUAAUCUAGUAAUAAAGUCCAGCAAAUCGAUCAAAUUCCUCGGAGUAAUUUUUGAUUACAAACUGAUCUUUAUCCCACAAAUAAACAAAGUCAUCUCUCGAUGUGCCAGAGCAUCGAAUUUGAUUAAAUACUUACAAGGAAUUUGGUGGGGUGCAGACCCAACGACACUGUUAACACUUUACAAAAGCUAUGAUAGGUCGAUAAUAGAAUAUGCGCUAUAUGUAUACUACCCAAAACGCAAAGAACAGCAGGUUAAAUUAGAAAGAAUACAAUUCAACGCUAUCAGACUUGCACUCGGAUUCCGCAAAACGACUCCUACUAGAAUUUUAUUAGCUGAAUCCAAACUACCUACCAUUCACGAAAGAGCCAAGUUUCUUUGUAACACUUACAUAGCAAAAAUUCUAUCGAAUGAAAGCCUGGCUAUAAACAAAACUGUCGGAAAGUUCUAUACCCAAAACCAUCAAAGCAAAAGAAAAAAGAAAAGGAUCUAUGAAACUUGCAUCGAAAACGUAGUUUGUCUUGCAAAAAAUAUAAUCAAGACACGAAAUUAUAGUAUUUAUAUGUAUGACUACAGCAUCAUUAUGAACCCAGUCCCGUUUAAGAAAAUAACUGAAUUAAAACGACAGCAAAACACAUCUUUGAAGCAAAUAUGUAAUGACUUCAACUCUCCAAAUUCUAAAAUAUUUUAUACUGACGGCAGUAGAAGUGAAUCCGCUCUCUCUACUGGCUCAGCCUGCGUAGAUCUCAAGGAAAAUAUUGUAAUUAAUAGAAGCCUAAACAAAAAAACUUCAAUAUUUACCGCCGAAUGUAUAGCAGUAAGAGAUGCGUUAGAUCUGGCUCUUCAUAACACUGAUACCUGCAAUAUCAUUAUGUGUGACUCGCUCAGUCUUCUCGAACGCUUACAAAAUCCAAUGAUGAACAUCAAAACUAACCCUUACCUAUUAGAUAUUAAACUUAAAUAUUUUCAAUUUCAAGACCAAAAAAGUGCAACUGGAGACAUUCAAAUCUAUUGGAUUCCUUCACACUCAGCGAUCACGGGUAAUGAAAUUGCAGACGCACAAGCUAAACAUGCAGCAAGUCGUAGACCGGUUGACUUAGAUAAACUUCCCUUCUCCGACUUGAAAGAAUCUUUUAAAUGCAACAUGAAAGACAAUACCAAAAUGACACUCUCAAAUACUGACCUGGAUAAAGGCAAACGCUACUUUGACCGCUAUUAUAAAGACUGUAACAAACCAUGGUUCCAAGGAAAAAAGCUAUCGCGUGAGUUUAUAAUUACAAUAAACCGGCUGAGAGCAAAUCAUUACAAUCUAAAUGCGUCUCUCGCUAGGAUGUCAAUUAUUGGAGAUGCCAGUUGUCCGUGUUCAUAUCCUUCCCAAGAUAUUGAACAUAUAUUGUGGGAUUGUCCAACAUAUUACGAUCAAAGAAUAGAACUGUAUGCUCAACUCUCACAAAUUAAUCUUCAGUUUCCAUUGUCCAUCGAAGCGAUAAUUAAAGAGCCUGAUAUUGCUGCGUGUUCUCGCAUAAUAAAUUUCCUCAAAAAAUGCUCGCUACGCAUUUAA